AGAGAUUAAAAUAUGCAGACACCAAAAGCAAGAGUUGGUACUUCAGAAGUUCCCCAAAGGAAAUCUCCUGUAACCCCUCGGACUGCUCGCCAGUUGAAGACACCAAACUCUGAUUCUGACUCGGUUUUGUCCUCUCCAAACCCUGCAAGAAAGACUCCAAAAGAUAGGAGCCCAAAGGUCAUUGAACGCAGGUCAUCACAAAGUCCUAUAUCUGAGAAGAAGCGAUCUACGAAGGUUCAGGAAUUAGAAUCUCAGAUUGCUCAGCUUCAAGAAGAUCUGAAGAGUGCUCGGGAUCAACAUAACUCAUCUGACUCAUUGGAGAGAAAAGCUCAACAGGAGGCUGAAGAGACAAAGAAGCAGCUUUUAGCCUUGUCAAAAGAGCUGGAGGAAUCCCAACAACAGCUUUUGGACCUCACUGCUUCUGAAGAUGCACGACUUCAAGAACUCCGUAAAAUUUCUCAGGAUCGAGAUCGAGUGUGGCAAUCUGAACUAGAGGCUGUCCAGAAGCAGCAUUCAAUGGAUUCAGCUGCUUUGGUAUCUGCCAUGAAUGAAAUACUGAAAUUGAAAAUUCAACUUGAAAGAAGAGUAUGUGAGUCUGAAGCUGCUCAGACUAACAACGCAGAGUCAGCUGAUGCUGAGAUUCAGGACUUGAGGAUGGAGCUUGAUGAAACUCUCUCUAUGGUGGAAAGGCUAAAGAAUGAGGUAAGCAAUUGCAGAGAAUCUGAAUCCAGGGCCUUGGAAGUAGUUGGUAAAAUGCAAAUGCAAUUGGAAACAGCAAAUGAGACUGUGGAAACACUCCGGUCAGAUGGUAUGAAAGCAAUGGAAGCUUACAAAUCCUUAGCUUCAGAAAUGGAGCAAUCAAGAAAUCAAGCAAAAUCAUUGGAGGAACUUGUGAGCAAACUUCAGGCUGAUUUGCUUAGCGGCGCUAACAUGAAUACAUUAGGUCCAAAUAAUGAAAAAGGACUUUCUCAGGAAAAUGGAGAAAAUGAGGAGAUAAACCAGCUCAAAGCUGAGCUUAUCUCUACCAAAUCUGAAGUUGUGCAGUUGAAGUCUGCAUUGGAUAUUGCUGAGAUAAGAUACCAAGAAGAGUAUAUCCAAAGCACAUUGCAGAUUAGAAGUGCUUAUGAACUACUGGAACGUACAAAAUCAGAAUCUGGUCAGAGAGAGGUUGAAUUGUAUGAGGAACUGAGAAAAGCUAAAGCUGAUACUGAAGAGCUAAGGGCAAGCCUGAUGGACAAGGAAUCUCAGCUGUUGAGUAUGUCAGAGGAGAAUGAGGGGCUUAAUUCCAAGAUCAAGGAAAACCAAUCUACUGAAAGGCAAUCUGAACUUGUGAUGGAGCUCAAAAAAUUGGAUGCUGAUAUUGAAGAGUUGAGGUCUAAAUUAUUAUGUAAAGAGACUGAGCUGCAAAAUAUAUCUGCAGAAAACAGUAUGCUCAAGAUGGAAAUAAAGGAGGAGUUGGAGAAGAAUAAAAACACUGAUGAUGCUGUUGCUUCAGCGGAAGGAGCAAGAGCUGCAGAGCAAGAGGCUUUGAAGAAACUUGGUUACAUAACAGAAGAAGCUGAUAAGAGUAACAGAAGAGUGGCUCGGGUGAUUGAGCAAUUAGAUGCUGCUCAGGCCGCAAAUUCAGAGUUAGAAGCUGAAUUAAGGAGAUUGAAAGUUCAGUCAGAUCAGUGGAGAAAGGCAGCUGAAGCAGCUGCAUCUAUGAUUUCUGCUGGAAACAAUGGGAAAUUUGUAGAGAGAAACGGUUCACUUGAUAGCAGCUUCAAUUCUAUUACUGGCAAGAUGAUGAAUUCUCCUUAUUUAGAAGACACAGAUGAUGACUCACCAAAAAAGAAAAAUACAAACAUGUUGAAGAAGAUUGGAGUGUUAUGGAAAAAGAAUCAUCGAUAAGUACAUGUGGCCCAGGUAUUCAAUCAAUGCAUAAACC